GUUCAUAUCCUCUACCACCGCGUUACGACUAGACAAGCAACUCUCAGGCAUUGCCAAACCUCUCUGAACAAGCCACAGAACCCUUUUCCCCCAUACAAACAAACCACAUAAUGGCCGCCAAAGCUGUUGGUAUCGACCUCGGUACCACGUACUCGUGCGUCGCCGUCUGGCAAAAUGACCGUGUCGAGGUUAUUGCCAACGACCAGGGUAACCGUACCACGCCAUCAUACGUCGCCUUCACCGACACGGAGCGACUCAUCGGUGAUGCCGCCAAGAACCAGGUUGCCAUGAACCCUCACAACACCGUCUUCGACGCCAAGCGAUUGAUCGGCCGCAAGUUUGACGACCAGGAGGUGCAGUCGGACAUGAAGCACUGGCCCUUCAAGGUCGUCAGCCAGGCUGGAAAGCCCCAGAUCCAAGUCGAGUACAAGGGCGAGCAGAAGACUUUCACUCCUGAGGAAAUCUCCUCGAUGGUUCUCCUCAAGAUGAGGGAGACCGCCGAGGCUUACCUUGGUGGCAACGUCAAGGACGCUGUCGUCACCGUGCCCGCAUACUUCAACGACUCGCAGAGGCAAGCGACCAAGGACGCUGGUAUCAUCUCGGGCAUGAACGUCAUGCGAAUCAUUAACGAGCCCACCGCCGCUGCCAUCGCAUACGGCCUCGACAAGAAGGGCGAGGGCGAGAAGAACGUUCUCAUCUUCGACCUUGGUGGAGGUACUUUCGACGUUUCGCUCCUGACGAUUGAGGAGGGCAUCUUCGAGGUCAAGGCCACCGCAGGUGACACUCACCUCGGUGGUGAGGACUUCGACAACCGCCUCGUCAACCACUUCGUCCAGGAGUUCAAGCGCAAGAACAAGAAGGACCUCACCUCCAACGCCCGUGCUCUCCGUCGUCUCCGCACUGCUUGCGAGCGAGCAAAGCGAACUCUGUCGUCGGCCGCCCAGACAUCGAUCGAGAUCGACUCGCUCUUCGAGGGCAUCGACUUCUACACCAGCAUCACCCGUGCACGUUUCGAGGAGCUGUGCGGUGACCUCUUCUCGCACACCAUCGAGCCCGUUGAGAAGGUCCUCCGUGACUCCAAGAUCGACAAGGGAUCCGUCCACGAGAUUGUCCUUGUCGGCGGUUCCACUCGUAUUCCCCGUGUUCAGAAGCUCCUCCGUGACUUCUUCAACGGCCGGGAGCCCAACAAGAGCAUCAACCCCGACGAGGCUGUUGCUUACGGUGCUGCCGUCCAGGCCGCCAUUCUCUCGGGUGACACUUCGGAGAAGACGCAGGACCUGCUUCUUCUCGAUGUUGCACCGCUUUCCAUGGGUAUCGAGACGGCCGGUGGCGUCUUCACGGCUCUCAUCAAGAGGAACACGACUGUCCCCACGAAGAAGUCGGAGAUCUUCUCGACCUACGCGGACAACCAGCCUGGUGUCUUGAUCCAGGUCUACGAGGGUGAGCGCGCACGCACAAAGGACAACAACCUCCUCGGAAAAUUCGAGCUCUCGGGAAUCCCCCCGGCUCCUCGUGGUGUUCCCCAGAUCGAGGUCACUUUCGACCUCGACGCCAACUCGAUUCUUUCCGUCAACGCCGCUGACAAGACAUCGGGCAAGUCGGAGAAGAUCACCAUCACCAACGACAAGGGCCGACUGAGCAAGGAGGACAUUGAGCGCAUGGUGUCCGAGGCUGAGAAGUACAAGGCUGAGGACGAGGCGGCGACGUCGCGCAUCCAGGCCAAGAACGGACUCGAGUCGUACGCAUACAACCUCCGAAACAGCCUCAACGAGGAGCAGUUCGCUUCUAAGCUCGAGGCUGGCGACAAGGAGAAGCUCGACAAGGCCAUCACCGACACCAUCAGCUGGCUCGAUGCCAGCCAGGAGGCCAGCAAGGAGGAGUACGAGGAGCACCAGAAGGAGCUCGAGGGCAUUGCGAACCCGAUCAUGCAGAAGGCUUACGGUGCGGCUGGCGGUGCCCCUGGUGGCAUGCCCGGCGGUGCGCCCGGCGCUGCGCCCGGUGCUGGCGGCGACGACGGCCCCAGCGUCGAGGAGGUCGACUAAACAGUUCGCUCCCCUCCAAAAGGAAACAAAAAUAGAGAUUUCAUACACCGACAAGACAUUUCGGUCUCCUUUUACUUCUACAUAUCUUGUAUCUCACAGCCUUUCUUUAGUGUCAAUCAUCAG